AUGACCAAGAAACCUGUCCUGGUUGCUGCUGGAUGUGUUGCCGUUGCUGCUGUGGGCCUAGCCGCCUACUUCAUCUUCAGGAAGAAGAAAAAGUUGAUAGCUCUUGAUCCUCAGACUAAAAUACCAUUCAAGCUUAUUGACAAAGAGAUUGUCAGCCAUGACACUAGAAGGUUCAGGUUUGCUCUCCAGUCACCUGAACAUACUCUUGGGCUCCCUGUGGGUAACCAUAUGUACCUGUCGGCAAUGAUUGAUGGUGGAUGA